UUCCCGGGUCGUUCUUUACGCGCACGCGCCCCGGGGCCGGUCCUCUUCCGACCCCUCUGCUCCGUACCGGAGUUGGUGGCUGGACCUCCUGCUACCUCGCGUAAAGAUGCUACCCUUCCCUUUGUUCUGGGCAGCACGGCCUCUGCAGAGAUGUGGUCAGCUGGUCAAGAUGGCUACUCGGGCUCAGCACAGCAAGGCAGCCCAGACUCAGACUGGGGAAGCAACUCGGGGCUGGACCGGCCAGGAGAGUCUCUCAGAGAGUGACCCGGAGAUGUGGGAGCUGCUGCAGAAGGAGAAGGACAGGCAGUGCCGGGGCCUGGAGCUCAUUGCCUCAGAGAACUUCUGCAGCCGAGCUGCGCUGGAGGCCCUGGGGUCCUGUCUGAACAACAAGUACUCGGAGGGUUAUCCUGGCAAGAGAUACUACGGGGGAGCAGAGGUGGUGGAUGAAAUCGAGCUGCUGUGCCAGCGCCGCGCCUUGGAAGCCUUCGACCUGGAUCCUGCACAGUGGGGAGUCAAUGUCCAGCCCUAUUCGGGGUCCCCAGCCAACCUGGCCGCCUACACAGCCCUUCUGCAGCCUCAUGACCGAAUCAUGGGGCUGGACCUGCCCGAUGGGGGCCAUCUCACCCAUGGCUACAUGUCUGACGUCAAGCGGAUCUCUGCCACAUCCAUCUUCUUCGAGUCUAUGCCCUACAAGCUCAACCCCCAAACUGGCCUCAUUGACUAUGACCAGCUGGCACUGACAGCACGGCUUUUCCGACCGCGGCUCAUUAUAGCUGGUACCAGUGCUUAUGCUCGCCUCAUUGACUAUGCCCGCAUGAGAGAGGUGUGUGAUGAGGUCAAGGCACACCUGCUGGCAGACAUGGCCCACAUCAGUGGCUUGGUGGCCGCCAAGGUGAUCCCCUCACCUUUCAAAUAUGCAGACAUCGUCACCACUACCACUCACAAGACUCUUCGCGGGGCCAGGUCAGGGCUCAUCUUCUACCGGAAGGGGGUACGGACUGUGGACCCCAAGACUGGCCGGGAGAUCCCUUACACAUUCGAGGACCGAAUCAACUUUGCCGUGUUCCCGUCCCUGCAGGGGGGCCCGCACAACCAUGCCAUUGCCGCCGUAGCUGUGGCUCUCAAGCAGGCCUCUACCCCCAUGUUCCGGGAGUACUCCCUGCAGGUUUUGAAGAAUGCUCGGGCCAUGGCUGACGCGCUCCUAGAUCGAGGCUACUCACUGGUGUCCGGUGGCACUGACAACCACCUGGUGCUCGUAGACCUGCGGCCCAAGGGCUUGGAUGGAGCUCGGGCCGAGCGAGUCCUGGAGCUUGUGUCCAUCACUGCCAACAAGAACACCUGUCCUGGAGACCGAAGUGCCAUCACCCCUGGGGGCCUGCGGCUUGGGGCCCCAGCCUUGACCUCUCGACAGUUCCGUGAGGACGACUUCCGGAGAGUCGUGGACUUCAUUGACGAGGGGGUCAACAUUGGGUUGGAGGUGAAGAGCAAGACCGCCAAGCUCCAGGAUUUCAAAUCCUUCCUGCUCAAGGAUCCGGAAACCAUCCAGCGGCUGACCCACCUCAGGCAGCGGGUGGAGCAGUUUGCCAGGGCCUUCCCUAUGCCUGGCUUUGAUGAACGCUGACGGCCCCUGGGAGUUGAGGCCUCCGGACUGUCCUUCACCCCGCUGGUCUACUGGGAGGGAGUACCACUUACCUAUUUUUUGGUGAUGGAAAGCGUCCCCAGCCAGGCCAUUUAGGGCAAGAGCCAAGUACAGUCUCUCUUCCCGGAUAUUAUAGCUUGCUUUUUUGUAAUCAGAAGGAACCUGCCACCCCCUCCGCCCCCACCCAGCUUUCUGCCUUCUCUGCCAUUAUCUCAGUGUUACUUUGGCUCCUUCUUCCGGAGGGGGUCACCCUGCCGAGCCAGAGAAAGGGGUGGGCAGGCACCCUCCUUCCUGUUUUUAUCUAAUAAAAUGCUAACCUGC